CCCCCCGCCCGCUCGCUGGCUGGAGCCGGGGUCAGCUUUGGCACCUUCUUCCAGUCAGUGGCCAACUCCUGGCUCAGGGAGGAUUGUGCUAGUGCCCUCGGUUCCCCUCUACUCUCCCUCCCGCUAUCGGAACGAGCCCCGCGCCUGGCAGGCUGAGGAGGAGCAAAGAAAGCAGGUUUAAAGAGAAAAAAGACCUGGCCAGGUCUGGGUGGUGUCUGCGGUGCCAGAAAGGGAGGCGGCGGCGGCGGCGGCGGCAGCUGCGACCACGGCCGCGCGGGACGUGAGGCCCGAGAGCAGCCGACGGCAGCCGCGGCAGCUCCAGCGCCCUGCACCGGGGCUGUUAGUCAGCAGAACGCGAGUUCGUGUGGAGGAACAGGGCCGGCGGGAGGCGAAACCCGGGAACGCGAGCCGGGCCCAUCGGGCGCCACCGUCUUUCUUCGUCCCGGCGCCGGGGGCUGCAGCCUUGGUCCCCACUCCUCUACCGGGCCCGUCUGCAGGCGGAGAGAGUCCGACAGCGUCCGGAGCGCGGGUCUUGCCUUGUGGAGGACAGCGCGUCGGCUGCGGUUCUCUCCCAACUCCUGCCCGGCGCCUCGGCCCGGGCCGCUCAGGUGCAGAGCAUGAAUAAUCUUUCAUUUAGUGAGCUAUGUUGCCUCUUCUGCUGUCCUCCUUGUCCAGGGAAAAUUGCUUCAAAAUUAGCGUUUUUGCCACCUGAUCCAACUUAUACGCUGAUGUGUGAUGAAAGUGGAAGCCGUUGGACUUUACAUCUAUCUGAACGAGCAGACUGGCAGUAUUCUUCGAGAGAGAAAGAUGCUAUUGAGUGUUUCAUGACUAGAACCAGUAAAGGCAACAGAAUUGCCUGUAUGUUCGUACGUUGCUCACCCAAUGCGAAAUACACUUUACUCUUCUCACAUGGAAAUGCUGUUGAUCUUGGUCAAAUGAGCAGCUUUUACAUAGGUCUAGGAUCACGGAUUAAUUGUAAUAUAUUCUCAUAUGAUUAUUCUGGAUAUGGUGCAAGUUCUGGGAAACCCACAGAGAAGAACCUCUAUGCAGACAUUGAAGCUGCUUGGCUUGCUCUUAGGACAAGAUAUGGCAUUCGCCCUGAAAAUGUGAUUAUAUAUGGCCAAAGUAUAGGUACAGUACCAUCUGUGGAUCUUGCUGCUCGAUAUGAGAGUGCUGCUGUUAUUCUUCAUUCUCCUCUGACCUCGGGAAUGCGAGUUGCCUUUCCUGAUACUAAGAAGACCUACUGUUUUGAUGCAUUCCCAAACAUUGACAAAAUCUCUAAGAUAACCUCUCCAGUAUUAAUAAUUCAUGGGACUGAAGAUGAAGUCAUUGACUUUUCACAUGGCCUGGCAUUGUUUGAACGUUGCCAAAGACCUGUGGAGCCUCUCUGGGUUGAAGGAGCAGGUCACAAUGAUGUGGAACUUUAUGGACAGUAUCUUGAAAGGUUGAAACAGUUUGUUUCACAGGAACUGGUAAAUUUGUAAAAUAUUCUGUAAAUUUGCUACUGGGCUUUCCUUUCUUGCUGAACUGCACUCUUUGGUAAAUAACAUAAAACCUGAAGGUUUUGUUCGCAAAUCAUGUCAGUUGCCUUCAUAAAUGUACAGGUAAUGAUUUGUUAACAGACUUAAUGAAGGUUUUAAUUACCAGAACUAAAAACUGGAAAUAACAGUAUCAUGCAGUCAGGCUGUGCAAUUUAUAUUUUUUCUGUGAAUUUUUUUUUAACAUCAAGAUGAGUACUGUAUGAGAUUUUAAUUAAUUCUAUAAGAUCAAAUGCUGUAAAAGUAUUGCCAAAUGCUUUUGCAUACUAGGAACAAAUUUAUAAAUAUUUUAAAAAUAUCUCAAUGUACUAAAUCUUAUCCUGGUGUACAACUGUAAUAUUCUUUUGAAAAAAGCUGUGUAUCUAAAGCAAUGUAAGUACUCAGAAUGAACUGUAAAAGAGAUUUAAAAACAUGCAAGUUCACUAGAAUUAACCUAAACCCUGUUGUACAGGGAUAGAGGUUUAAAGUUAUUUUAUUGUACAAUACAUUGAAUUUUCUGUAUACUCUGAUUACAUACAUUUAUCCUUUAAAAAUGAUGUAAAUUUUAAUUUUUAUGCCAUCUGUUAAUUUACCAAUGAGUUACCUUGUAAAUGAGAAGUCAUGAUAGCACUGAAUUUUAACUAGUUUUGACUUCUAAGUUUGGUACUGUGAGGCAACUACUUAAAAUUUUCAUGCUGGUUAUUUAAAAGGCAUUUAGAGAUUUCAAGAAUGAUUUUGUAUGCAAUGUUUUAAGUUUUGACUGAUCUCAUAGAAUUGCAGUAGUCUUCAUUUUAUGAAAUCCUGAAAGUCCAUUAGUUGUUCUUAUAGACCAUAAACAGACUGGCUAUCUGAUCCCUUUUCACUAGCCAUUUUUUUUUUUUUUUUUUUUUU